CAAACAGCCACCCAUUUUCAUGUCCGCACCCCAAUCCUGAAAUUGAGAACUCUACAAACAAACAAAAAAUGGCGGUGAAGCUGAGGUUGGCGAGGUUCGGGUGCAAGCACAAGCCCUUCUACAGAGUGACGGUCACUGAUAGCAGAUCUCCGAGGGACGGCAAACACCUGGAAGUUGUUGGCUUCUACAACCCUAUCGCUGGUAAAGAUGGUGAGAAACAAAUGAGUAUUAAGUGUGAACGUGUGAGGUAUUGGCUAUCAGUUGGGGCACAGGCAACAGACCCAGUUCAGCGUCUUCUAUUCAGAGCCGGCGUGUUGCCACUAACACCAGUGAUGGCCGUGGGACGAAAAGGUGGACCCAGAGAUGCUCAUGUGGCUGAUCCCUAUGAUGGGGCUUCUUGAGUUUGAGAGUUCUGAAUUGAAUGCUUCUUCCUCAAUGGAAACAUGCAUGUCUGUUCCAAACCCUUAAGGGCUAAGGUUGAUGUUUUUUUUUCUUUUACCAAGUUUGGAACAAACUCUAGUGACCAAAAAAGUUCUCCAAAUGCUCCCUUCCUCUCUUCUCUUCACUGAACCACUGUCAUGUGUGCCCUUCAUCACUCUGUCUCUCUUUCUCACUUGUCUUUCCAAUUUACAUGUUUUGGAGGGGGUGUUAAAACUCAUCUUCAUUACUUCUCUAGUUUUAACUUUUUGGAGUCAACCAGAAUCGACUCUUGGACAUUUAGUUGAAUAAUGACUAAUAGAUAAUGACUAAUGGUCCUACAUUAAGAAAAUAAAAACAUAUGG